AUGGCGACGCGAAUGCCCCUCAUGCCUCCGGAGAACGAGACGGAAGCCCAUUUCAGCCGGAUUACCCGUGAGGGUAAGAGGAUAUCAUACAAGCUCAGUGUUAUGCAGCAACCUGAACGUGCCAGAGCCUGCGGUGCGGGCGCCAAAUCGUCUGCCGACCGUCGGCCGGUUGAUCCCCCACCCGUUGUUGAACUGCGCAUCUUCGAAUCCGACCCUAACAACGACCUGCACAAGACCGACAUCACCUUUGCCUACAAUGCCAGUUUCUUCCUGUACGCGACAUUGCAAACGGCGCGCCCCAUUGCGCAUGGACGAGUCGCUGGUACUCCGAGCACACCCGUGUUGACCGGUGUGCCCGUCGCAGGAAUCGCCUAUUUGGACCGUCCAGCCCAGGCUGGAUACUUCAUCUUUCCCGAUCUAUCGGUCCGUCAUGAGGGUCGAUACCGCUUGACCUUCCACCUGUACGAGGAGACCAAGGAUGCCAAGGACGCCGAUAGAGAUCCUCCGGUGCCGGACACCACCGUUCAACCGCUGAAACCGGGCGCCAGCACUCCUGACGCGUUCAACUUCCGUCUCUUGGUCAACUCCAUUCCCUUCACAGUCUACAGUGCCAAGAAGUUCCCGGGUUUGGCCACCAGUACUUCCCUGAGUCGGGUCAUCGCUGAACAAGGCUGCCGUGUUCGUAUUCGCCGUGAUGUCCGCAUGAGACGCCGCGGCGACAAGCGCAACGACGACUACGAUGAGUAUGCUGCAGCACCUCGCCAAGCAGACAACCGGUACUCCACGCCAGACGCCUACGCCGCUGCUGCUGCCGCCGCCGCCGCCGCCGCCGCCGCAGCAGCAGCAGCCACUCCCAUCGAACGCCCACGAUCUGCCAGCACCAGCACGAUUGAGCCCGCCUUCCCCUACGCUCCUGAUGCGCAGCGUCGACCUUCAGCAUCUGACUACGGAUACCCGUGUGCGCAGCCGUACCAGAGAGCCAUUCCUGCUGCGCCUCCAGUCCCUGCGCCGCAGGCAUCUCCGUAUACUUCGCACCUUUCAUUUGGCUCUGCUCAGCCUCAGUACCACGCUCCUGCGCUCCCUCCCACUCCCCAAACGACGGCACCUGUCAACUCGUACUCGCCUCAUCUGUCAUACUCCCACACCAGAUAUCCGUCGACCGAAUACGAACCCACAGGAUAUCCAUACCCUCAACCGCGGCCGCACACUGAGCGGACCUCUAGCUACCCCGGACCUCUGCCGCCUCUCCGUCUUGAGCCGCCAAAGGGCUUCAUGCAACCAGCGGGUGAAUUCCGCUCCUCAGAUCCCAACGCAUAUCACCAAUCUCAGACCCAACCUUCAGCGCCACGAUCUCAAACACCCUCAGCAGGUCUGGUACCUUCCCUUCCGCCUCUCUCGUCCCUGUCCGGUAACAGUGAUUACGUCCACAACAUGCCCAGCAGCAUGGUUCCGCAUCCGAGCCACGAGAUGACUCCGGGCAAGCGGCUCCUCUACGAUGUCCCUGGAUCGAAGUUAAGCAAACGGUCGCACGAGGACUCAUUUGGGUUUGAUGAGCGCCCGAUGCAAAACGGCAUGCGACCAGAUACAGAAUCAUAUCCGAGCAUGGAACGGAAGCUUUCUGAGUCCAGUCGGGCCUACUUUGGUGGUGAAACCCGCGAUGAGAUGGCAUAUAAGCGAGCUAACGGCCGCAUGGCCAUGAAGAUUCCGCCAGCGUAUUCUAGUUAA